UAUAAUUAUCACUUUAGCAAAUCAAUAGAAGACAUUUUGGUGAAAUUAAUUGCUUUCUCUGGUUUGUUUCAUCACUGUUCAUUCUGAUUUUCUAUACAACCAAAAUAAAUCUUUCGUAGGGUUAAUAUACCUUUCAUAAUGCCUUCUGAAGCUUUGGCUAUCAUAAAAUAGUGCUGCAAGUGUUAAUGCAGACUGUACAUGGAUUCUUAUCACUGCUGUUUAGUCAGAAAUGAUGACAGAUCUUUGAUUCUUCAGGGUAUGAUCCUUUGUGUGAUCAUUAAAAAGCACAUAUUUACAGUAAUCUAAGUAAACUUAAAGGGUUUGGGGAAAAACUAGGUAAGUGUUGCUUUUAAAGAAAAAAUCUGAGCUCUUAAAGCUUCUUUCUGAAGUGCAUGUUCUUAGGUAAUCAUAUCUUUAGCACCAAAUAUUUCACCUGAGGUGAUUUUCUUACUUUCCAUGAGCUCCAAAGUAAUCAGUUACAGGAGCUGUAGGUUAUAUGUGCGCAGCAGAUGGCAAGGCACAUCUUUGAAAGUUUGUAGUCCAUGUUAAAAUAGUAACAUAGAUAAGGUAAAUGCAAAGGACUGGAGCAUGAAGUUGAUAAUGAGGAGAAUAUUUGGGUAAUGUGACUAAGCACAUUAUUUCACCUUUCCAGGGAGCAAUGUGUGAAAGGUUUAGUAAUGCACAACAUGUUGCUGGCUUGUAUUGUGCUCACAGUAGUUGUUACAUAUGUUUUUAUACUAGACAUUGUUCACUGGAUGUGGACUUCUUUAAUUAUUCAUGUCUUCUGUUAUUAUUAAGCAUUAAGUUCUUUAAUUAUUCACCACAAGGAAAAAAUAUAAACAAACCAUUGUACAUAUACUGGUAGAUAGUGCUUUCUGUGUUGCUGUGCUGCUUUUUUAAGAUAGAUCUGCAUCAUCAGUUUUAACCUUAUUAGUGACUGAUGCAGAAACAUGUUUUAUGGUAGUAUUGCUAUGUACCGAUGAAUCAUACGUGCCGCCUCAAAUUCAGAUUUGUGCUUCUGAAAAAGCAUGAUUUUUAUUCAGUGCUUCUGUGAAAGAAUCUUGUCAUAAGAGAGUUCAACAGACAGUUAAUUAUGUUAACUUUUCAUUCUCAUAUUGUCACUAACAAAAAGCUGUAUUGCAAGCUGAUAGAAGUAUAUAAUUUUCUCUGCUUUUACAGAAUAGAAAACCAUCGCAGAAGAUGAGUCAGAAAUUUUCUUUAGGGGUGAAUCACAGAACUGAGUGUCGAACGGGUUUGUUGGGUCCACCAAUUCCUGCAGCACGCUUGUUUAAGGCUGGCUGUACAGAAAUGUUUACUGGUUGUUUUUUUUGCUAGCAGUCUUGAAGUACCUGAAUCAACUUUUAAAGGAAAAAAAAAAACAACAAACCUUUCUGGAAAAUAGUGUGACGUUGAAGUGAUUAUGACUCUCCCAACAAUUAGAGCUGAAACACUUCUUUUGGCUCAGCUGAGAGAUGAAGUGGGUAUUUAGCAGAGCUUUUUGUCUUUUCUGUGAAAUGCAUCCCUUGGGGUGUACAGGAGAAGGCAGAGGCUUUCCUCCUCCUGUUAACAAAUGUUAAGUGACAGACAUGCAUCAGAGCGCCUUGAUACAGAUCAUUAUCCUUGUAUCCGCUGUUGAAUGUUCCAGAAGCCCCAGUAAGAGUGGUGUUUCUUUAAAGAAUCCAUGUAUAAAAAUGAGGGGGAAAAAAAGCCAUAGUUGAUAAUGAAGUCAUGCUUUGAUGAUAUAGAAUGUCUGGUUUGCAGAAGAAAUGCAUGUAUCCUUUCUCUACAGCUGGUUAUUUCAUUGAUGUUCAAGUAGUAUCGCUCUUAAUCUUUGGAUAGGUUAGGUUCUAGAAGGUCGUUAGCCAGAAGUCUGUAUCAGGCGGAGGUGUAGCAGCACUGGGCUUGUCUCUGGUUAGAUUAGUACCUUGAGGGCAUGACUUGAUAGGAAUCUAGGGAGAAAAUAUCCUGUCUUUCUGCUGCUAGAACCAGACUUACCUGAGAAUUGGGCUUUCUGUACCUUGAUCGUGCUGUUAGGAGCACAAUUGUAGUCUCUCUCCAGCUGUGGAGUUCUUCUUGCUGUGUAAAUCACUUGCACUCAUCCACUGUCUAAUAUCAGGUGUUCACACUGUUGAAUUAGAUGUUUUUGACACCUGAGUUGAAACCAUGUUCAUAUAGAAGUCCUUAAGUGUAUGUAUACAUGCACACACCUCUAUGCUUCCAGUUAGAAUUGUUUUUUCUAUACAUGGACGAUAAUAUUUCUAGGGCUUUGUAUGCGGGACAAAGGCUAACUUACAAGAACAUGCUGCUUAAAAUAGAAUCUCUAGCAGGUUCAUCAUAGCUUGUGCAUUCCAGAAAAUGAAUACACCUGAAUCGCCUUCCUCAGAAAAUGUUGAUGCUAAGCUGUCCUUUCUACCAGAAAGACUGAGAAAGAAACUGCUUGCUUUUCAGGAGAAAGGCAUCAUAUUUGCACUUCAGAGACAUGGCAGGUGCAUGAUUGCUGAUGAGAUGGGGCUAGGUAAAACAAUUCAAGCAAUUGCCAUUUCCUAUUACUAUAAAAGCGAAUGGCCUCUCUUAAUCGUAGUGCCUUCAUCUCUGAGAUACCCUUGGGUUGAAGAGAUGGAGAAGUGGAUUCCAGAACUCUCUCCGGAUGAUAUUAGCAUCAUUCAGAACAAAACUGAUACUGGGAGAAUAUCGACAAGCAAAGUAACAAUUCUGGGGUAUGGCCUGUUGACUUCUGAUGCACAGACUUUAGUAGACACUUUGUACAGGCAGAACUUUAAGGUAGUUGUGGUCGAUGAAUCACACUAUAUGAAAUCCAGAAAUGCUACUCGCAGCAGGAUUUUGUUGCCGAUUGUUCAGAAAGCUCUUAGAGCUAUUCUUCUAACUGGAACUCCUGCUCUAGGAAGACCCGAAGAGCUUUUCAUGCAGAUUGAGGCACUGUUUCCAAGAAGAUUUGGAACUUGGAAUGAAUAUGCCAAGAAAUACUGCAAUGCUCGUGUCAGGUUUUUUGGUAAGAGAACUCACUGGGAUUGUAGAGGAGCUUCAAAUUUAGAAGAACUACAUGAACUUUUAAGUGAAAUAAUGAUCAGGAGAUUGAAGAAUGAUGUUCUGACUCAGUUGCCUCCCAAAGUUAGGCAGCGUAUUCCAUUUGACCUCCCACAAGCUGCAGCUAAGAAUUUGAAUGCCACUUUUGCAGAGUGGGAGAAAUUAAUGAGAAAUCUGAAUUCAGAUGCCACUGAAAGCCACUUUUCUCAAGUUAUGAAUCUAAUCACACGCAUGUAUAAAGAAACAGCCAUUGCCAAGGCAGGAGCAGUAAAGGACUAUAUCAAAAUGAUGCUUGAAAAUGACAAACUGAAGUUUCUGGUUUUUGCUCAUCACUUAAGCAUGCUUCAAGCCUGUACGGAGGCUGUUAUAGAAAAUAAGGUUCGCUACAUACGAAUAGAUGGAAGUGUUCCUUCCGCAGAAAGAGUACAUCUAGUUAAUCAGUUUCAGAAGGAUCCUGAUACCCGGGUUGCGAUUUUGAGUAUUCAGGCAGCUGGUCAGGGUUUAACUUUCACUGCUGCUACUCACGUUGUGUUUGCUGAACUAUAUUGGGAUCCAGGCCAUAUUAAGCAAGCAGAAGACCGAGCACACCGAAUUGGGCAGUGCAGUUCUGUGAAUAUUCACUUCCUUAUUGCGAAAGGAACGAUGGAUACUCUGAUGUGGGCAAUGCUGAAUCGCAAGGCCAAAGUUACAGGCAGUACCUUGAAUGGCAGGAAAGAGAAAAUGCAGGCUGAAGAAGGUGAUAAAGAGAAAUGGGAUUUUUUGAGUUUUGCUGAGACAUGGACCCCAAAUGAAAGUCUAGAAGAUUCAAAAAAUGAACUUUUAUUUACACACUUUGAAAAAGAAAGGCAGCAUGACAUACGUUCCUUCUUUUCCCCAAAAUCCUCCACUGAGAAGAAACGCAAAAUAUCUUGUGGUAAUGAAUCAUUACAUAAUGAUUCAGAAUCUUUUGAAAUCAUAAAGGAAGAGGAUGGAGACAUGAGCAAUGAGAACCUGAAUUGCACAAUAAUAAGUGAUGUGGAUACAAUUUGUCAUGACAGCACCUGUGAACGUGAAGCUAAAAGAGCAAGAAGCAUAAAUGGAUCUACUCCAGUCAGCUGCAGUAAGAAAAAGAAAAAAUCUUUGACUGGAAAAAAGCCCUCUUUGUUUUCUGAAGAAAACAAUAAAAUCCCUCCUUGCGGUUUUAAUACUUCAAGCAAAAGUACGGCUUUAAAUAAAGUUUGGCACUGUAGUGUUUGCACUUACAGUAACAAUGAAUUGCUCCCUUACUGUGAAAUGUGCAACUGCCCUCAAAGCAGUAAUGCUGGAAGAAAUGGUGAAGCUCCCAGUAGCCAGGCUGAGGAAGACGUGUCAGGGGACUCCAGAAGAAAUGAAGAGAGAGCAGCCUGCAGCGCUGAAGAGAGAAGAGAGGAGAUGGGGGGCACCCAGCGAUCUGUUGACAUCAGUGAACAGGAAAAUGUUGGAAUUGAAAAUGAAGAAGGUGAAAAAAAGCGUGGAGAAGGAGAUGCGGAUAAAUCAGACACAUUUCCAAUAUAUGAAGGGCUUCUGUUUUGCGCAAGCAGGAAUACUGAUAGAAUUCACCUCUAUACAAAGGAUGGUGAAGCACUGAAUCAUAACUUCGUUCCGCUGGACAUACAGCUGGAUAAUUGGGAGGAUCUACCAGAGGCUUUCCAGCACAAACAAAAUCGUUCAUCGAUCCUGCGCUUCGUGAAAGAAUGGAGCCGUCUGACAGCGAUGAAGCAGAAGAUUGUCAGAAAAAGCGGUCAGCUGUUCUGUAGUCCGAUCCAGGCUGCGGAGGAGCUGUCUAAAAAGCAGGCAGCGGGUAGCAGCACUAAAAGGUACGUGACUAAGGAGGACGUGGCAGCAGCCUCGCUGAGCAAAGCCAGCAGCAGUGGCGGCAGCGUGCGCCUCAUCUCAAAAGAUGGUGGGGUUUGUGUGAAGAGUGUCAGUGCUUCUGUUGAACAGCUGGGGCACCCCACAAAGUUGCUUUCAGAAAAUGGAAAAGACCAGUCGGUUCUUCCUUCCGACCAGAUGGAAGCAGAAGGCUCGUGCCAGUCCAAGGGCUAUUUGCAAGCCCUGGACAGCCAAGGGAACCCACUCUGUCUCAGCUGUCAACAGCCAACAGCUCGGCUUGACCCAGGCUGCCAGGCCCGUGCCUGGGAUACGCGAUUCUGCUCUCAUGCCUGCCAGGAGGACUUCUCCAUUCGCUCCAGUCAGAGCUACCUUAGGACUAAAGUGUUUGAAGUCGAACACGGGGUUUGCCAGUUCUGUCAUCAGAAUGCCCAGGAGCUUUAUCUCAGUAUCAGAGAUGCACCCAAGAGUCAGCGCAAGAAACUUCUGGAGAGUUCUUGGAUGUCUCACCUUCCACUUGGGCAGCUGAAUGAAAUGAUAACAAACCCGACGGAAGGCCAGUUCUGGCAGGUGGACCACAUCCAGCCCGUUUAUGAUGGAGGCGGCCAGUGCUCCCUGGAAAACCUUCAGACUCUGUGCACGCUCUGCCACAGAGAGAGAACUGCGAAGCAGGCCAAGGAGAGGAGCCAGGUGAAGAGGCGGUCGUUAGCGACAAAGUAUGGCUGUGAUAUCACCAAAUUUUUUGUGAAGAUGUAAAAUGCAAAAUAUACUCAGUUAUAAAGUAA